ACUAUCACCACUACACCUAACACCACAAGUACACCUAACACUACACUCGCCACCUCCAUCACAACUACACCAUCUACAACUCCACCUAUCACCUUCACAACUACACCUGAGUCUUCAGCCCUUACUGACAUAAUCACCACCACAACUACACCUAACACUACAUUCACCACCAACACCACAACUACGCCUUCAACAACUGAACCCAACACCUCUACAACUACACCUGAGACUUCACCCCUUACUGAUACUAUCACCACUACACCUAACACCACACUUGCUAACAACACCACAAGUACACCUAACACUACACUCACUGCCUCCACCACAACUACACCAUCUACAACUACACCCUCCACCUCUGCAACUACACCUGACACUCCACCUCUUCCUGAUACCACCACCAUCACUACAGCUAGCACGACACUCGCCACCUCCACCACAACUAUACCCAUCACCCCAACUACACCAACCACAGCUACACCUGACACUACACCCAUCACCACUACAUCAGCUAACCUCACAACUACAACAACACCUACUACCACUGCCACCAACACACUCAAUUCCACAACUACCACCACCAGUGCUACACCCACUACCACUAUGAGCACAAGCACUGCUGUGUCCUCGCCCAGCCCAUCCAGGAGCACCACGACAGCAGCGCCCUGCCAGAACGGUGGCACCCCAAAUGGCACCGAGUGCCUCUGUCUGGCUGGCUACUUUGGCCCCCGCUGUGAGUUACUGGACACCAGGUUCUGCCAGAACGGGGGGGUCUGGACCGGGGCAGAAUGCAAAUGCCCCCCCUUCUUCCAGGGGCCAGAAUGCGAAUUCGCCGUGGGCACCAUCACACUCCAAGUCGAGGUGAAUGUGACGAUGGAUGUGAAGCUGCAGGUGAUCAACCGCGAGUUCACUGCUGACCUGGCCAACGCCUCCUCCCCGGCCUGGCGAGGGUUCGGGGCCUUGUUCACACAGCAGAUCAAGCCGGUUUAUAGCCAGAUCCCAGGGUUUCAGGACCUGGAGAUCCUGGAGCUCACGCCGGGCAGCGUUGUGGUGGCCCACAGGGUGGCCCUGGCCGUCCCUGUCACCGCCCAGCUCAAUGCCACGCUGGAGAACCUGCCCCAGCAGCUGGAAGAAGAGAUCAGGCUGGCAGCCCGCGACCAGGUCGUCUGCACCAGCAGCUCGCCGUGGCAGUGA